AUGAUUAAUUUAUACAGAUGGAUUGUAUCGGAGGCUAAGAAAGAUGGCGCUGAUGCUGAUAUUGCUAAAUAUGAUGGUCAAUGGGAAGUUGAAGGUACUAAGAAAUUAAUUAACCGUGGUGAUUUGGGAUUAGUUAUGAAGUCAAGAGCAAAGCACUCUGCUAUUUCAACGAUGUUGGAUCAACCAUUCGUUUUCGACACCAAACCAUUUAUCGUUCAAUAUGAAGUCCAGUUUCAAGAUUUUCAAGAAUGUGGCGGUGCUUACAUCAAAUUAUUAUCGGCAUCUGACAAGCUUAAAUUGGAAGAAUUACAUGAUAAAACUCCCUAUACAAUUAUGUUUGGUCCUGAUAAAUGUGGUGAAGAAAAAAAGCUGCAUUUCAUAUUUCGUCAUCAAAAUCCUGUAACAAAUGAAUUCGAGGAAAAACAUGCCAAAAAACCAGAUGUGGAUAUUGGCAAAUUUUUCGAUGAUAAAACACAUCUGUACAAACUCGCAAUCUUUCCUGACAAUACCUUUAAGAUCUUUGUUGAUGGGGAGUUGGUCAAUUCGGGUAGUUUGCUAGAAGAUUUUCAACCUCCUGUGAAUCCUCCAGAGGAAAUUGAUGAUCCUGAUGAUAAGAAGCCAGACGAGUGGGAUGACCGGGAAAAAAUUGACGAUUCGGAUGCUCGAAAGCCUGAUGAUUGGGAUGAAGAUGAACCUAUGGAAAUUCCUGAUCCGGCUGCUGUAAAACCCGAGUCGUGGUUAGAUGAUGAACAACAAUAUAUUGCUGAUCCAACUGCUAAGAAACCCGAUGACUGGGAUGCAGAAAUGGAUGGAGAAUGGGAACCGCCUUUAAUAGAUAAUCCUAAAUGCAAAGAAAGUGGAUGUGGAGAAUGGAAGCCUCCUAAAAUUCAUAAUCCUAAGUUUAAAGGUAAAUGGAUCGCACCAAAGAUUGAAAAUCCUAACUAUCAAGGUGAAUGGAAACCGAAGAAGAUCAAAAAUCCGAACUACUUUAAUGAUGAACAUCCUUUUACAAUGACUAGUAUUGCUGCACUUGGCUUUGAAAUAUGGUCAAUUAGCCCAGAUAUUUGUUUCGAUAAUAUUCUAAUCACGUCUGACGAAGCAGCAGCUGAGAAAGGAUCCUUCUUAUCCCGAUUUGCUGAAGCUGCUGAAGAGAAACCUUGGCUGUGGGUUGUGUACGGUAUAGGUCUCACUGUUCCAUUUGCCAUUCUUGGAUAUCUUUGCUUUCCUAAGAAGCGUGACGAAGCUGCGGAAAGAAAACGAACUGAUGCGCCAUCUCCUGAUGAUCCACAAAGUAGCAGAAGAGAUAAGGAGGAAGAAGAAUCAAAAGAAACGGAGAAGAAGAAAGUACCGGAACGAAAGUAA